UCAUGAAUCAACCUACUGCCUUAAGACCGCAAAUGAUUGCUGCUGACGUACCUGUAAAUACAUCAUUAAAUAGCCUUAGCGCUGACCAAAAAUAUGAAAUUUUAGUUAAUGGAACAGAUCCAUUUGAAAAUCUACAAAGAACUGAAAAGCUGGAAGUCCCUCAACUCUCGGACACUAUCAAUUUAGGCUCUUCAUUUAAUAAUAAUACUUAA